AAGUGGACAGCUGCAGAAAUCGUCUGUGUUUUUCUUGAUUGGGAAUCAACACCAUUUGCAACACAUUAAAAGGAAACACUCCACUACCAUCUACGACAUGCCCUGCUGAAAUCGUUCGUUUGAGGUUUUGGAGAAGAUAAGUUAUGGCUUAUGCUGCUGUUGCUUCACUUGCCCAAACACUAGAACGCAUAAAUCAUCAUCAUCAUCAAUAUUGUUGUGUUCCUCUUAUUUGUGAGGAGCAACUCUUUGAAUCUCUCCUAGAAAAGUUGAGCUUCUUGCAAGCUUUUCUGGAGGAUAAUGCGCAGAUCGGUGGAGAAACAGUUGAAGGAUUGGAAGGAAGAAUCAGGGACUUGGCGUAUCGAGCAGAAGAUAUUAUUGAAUCCCAUGUUUCAGAUCAGAUUAGCUCAGAACAGGAGAGGUACGUGGAUCUUGAGCUCCAAAAUUCUGAGAAGAAAGAGGUCGACUUGCAGAUGGUGAUGGAAGAAACCGAUUCGAUUAUUGAACAAGUGAUGAGCAUCCAAAACAGCUGCACAGUUGAAGAUGUGCAGUGCAGUUACGCUUCAGCUCUUCCUUCCUCAGGAGGAGCACCAAAUGAUGGGAACAAGAUGGUGGGAUUUGAUGAGGACCUCUUGGAGUUAAAAGCUCGGCUCUGUGGAGAAUCGUCUACACUCCAGAUUAUUUCAAUUGUUGGGAUGGGCGGUAUUGGUAAGACUACUCUAGCUACAAAUAUUUUUAACGAUUCACUUGUUGUGUAUCAUUUUCAUAUUCGUGUGUGGACAACUGUAUCUCAAGAUUAUCAUCUACGCCAAGUUCUUCUUGCCCUUGUUGCUUCUUUGACUGAUCAGAAAACUACGGAUUUAAGUAACAUGAUGGAUGAAGAACUAGCCGAGUGUGUCUACAAAACUUUAAAGGGUAGGACUUAUCUCAUUGUAAUGGAUGAUAUGUGGAGUACAAAAACUUGGGAUGAUGUGAGGAGAUUUUUUCCGGAUGACAACAAUGGAAGUCGGGUCUUGAUAACCACCAGGCUACCUGAUGUGGUUGUGUAUGCAUCUUCGAGCCCACUUCAUCAGAUGCGCUUCUUAGAUGAGGAGUGGAGCUGGAAUCUACUUCGUGACAAGGUGUUUGAACAACAAAGUUGCCCACCCGAUUUAGAGAGAAUCGGCAGAACUAUUGCUCAAAGCUGUGGCGGACUUCCCCUUGCAAUUGCUGUGGUUGCUGGAAUUCUCGCAAAGGUGGACAGGACCCAAUAUCAUUGGGAGAAGAUUGUAGAAAAUAUAAGCGAAGCUGUGGCCUCAAAUGAUGAACACUUCUCAAAGAUAUUGACUUUGAGCUAUGAUCGUCUACCGUGUCAUCUCAAAGCAUGUUUCCUCUACAUGGGAGGUUUCCCGGAGGAUUACAGAAUUCCAGUCUUCAAGCUCACCAAGUUAUGGAUAGCUGAGGGAUUUCUAAAACCGAGUAGGCCUAAAAGCUUAGAAGAAUUAGCAGAGGAAUAUUUGGAAGAUCUUGUUAAAAGAAAUCUUGUUCUGAACGUUAAAAAGAGAUCCAAUGGCAAAAUUAGAUUCUGUGGAUUACAUGAUCUCUUGAGGGACUUAUGCAUGCAAAAAGCUCGAAAGGAGGAAUUUCUUCAUGUCGCCAACAAUUCUGGAAAAGGCAUACAAAACCAGCGUCGCUUGAGUAUUCGUUUUGAAAUUUCUAAAGAAAUUGUGGAUAAAUGUGCAUCUGUCUCGCCUAUCCGUUCUAUUUUGUAUUUCCACUGGUACAUUGCAUCAUUAUCCUUUCUACGAGGCUAUAGACUACUAAGGGUACUUGAUCUAUUGGAAGCAUCCUUAGAUUCUUUACGUCCUGAAAUAACCCAACUGUUUCAUCUAAGAUUUCUUGCUCUCGGCCUAGACUGCCCAAAACUCAGUAACAGACUCAAGGUCCCUCCAUCAAUAUCAAAACUUCAUAAUCUUCAGACCUUAAUGAUCCGUGCAGAUGCCAUAUUACUUCUACCAAUUGAGAUAUGGGAAAUGCCACAGUUAAGGCAUCUUAUCUUUUUCCAAGAAAGAGGUUUACCUAGUCCUUUGGAUGCUGCACCAAGUGGUGGGCAUGUUCUAGAAAAUCUGCAAACUCUCCGUGUGGACAACUUCAGAUUCACAAGCACUGCCAUUGAAACGAUGCCCAACUUAAAGAAGUUGAAGGUUUACUAUUAUCAUUUGUUCGUAGCAGUGUGGACGGAGUAUUGCCUCAGCAAUCUGGUCCAUCUGUACCAACUUGAGACUCUGAAUCUCUUGUUUAUCAAUUCUUUGAUUUACAAAGAAAAUCCUUUGCCUGCAAGCUUUGCUCUGCCACCCAAUCUUUAGAAGUUAACUCUGAGUGGAUGCACCAUUCCAUGGUGACAUAUGACGGUUAUUGGUUCGUUGCCUAAUCUUGAAGUACUCAAAUUAAGGGACAAUGCGUUUACAGGGAGAGAGUGGGAAUGCAGCAGUAGUGAAGAGGGAUUCCCAAGGCUGAAAUUCUUGCUAUUGGAGGGUUUGCAUCUCAGACGUUGGCGAGUAGUAGAAAGCAGUUCAUUUUUCCCAUGCCUUGAGCGCCUCACCAUCGGACGUUGCUGGACACUAGAGGAAAUCCCUUGUGAGAUUGGAGAUAUACCAACUCUUGAGUUGAUUGAGGUAGGCCCGGUAAGGCAAAUUGUUGCUGAUUCUGCACUAAGAAUCCAAGAAGAACAACGAAGCCUGGGAAACGAUCUCCUUCAAGUUCGUAUCCGAUUCUAGCUAGCUACGUAAGAGAAGAACAAUAAUAAUAUUAACAUCUUAAUGACUUGUAUGUGUAUUUCCAUUAAUGCU